GUGGGUGUGAGUGUGGGUAUGGGUGGGUGUGAGUGUGGGUGGGUGCGGGUGUGGGUAUGGGUGUGGGUGUGGGGUGUGGGGUGUGGGAUGUGGGUGUGGAUGUAUGGGUGUUGUUUUCUUUAUUGCCUCACACCCACACACCAACACCUGCACUACACCCACAUACCCACACCUACACCCACACCCACACUCCACCCUAAAAAAAUUCAAGUCUAGGGAUAAAAGUGCUUCACUAGACAUUGAGUUUCUUAUUGAAUAUAGUCUCAUUAGAAAGAGCAUAUCAAAUUACAUAUCCAAUAAAAAAUUCACGCUGGUACGCCUGUAUAAAGUAUAAUUUCAUAAGACUGAAAAGAAUCGCUAUAUGUAAAAAUAAAACCCAAUGGGGGCGGUAUUCUGCAUUUAUCGAUGGAAAAAAAUUCGAAUAUCUUAGACCAUCUUAUGGAAUCUGAUAGAAAAAAAUUCUGCGUCGAAUGAGCCUAUUUUCGAUAAACUUUCAUCGGAUAUUCAUGGACUUUCCGGGCAAAAACUGGUUCUUUAGGGUCCCAGAAAGUCCUUCAGAUGUUUUUUAUUAUCCGAUCAAUUUUUGAAAAUAAGAUGAUAUUUGUAAUCAGCACACCGAGUUCUAGCAAACUGCAAAGACUUCGAAUGGAAAAACGAAAAAAAAUUUUUUUUCGAUGCCUGGGGGAUACUCCAGGGAUGCAAGAGUGAGUUGUGGAAAAACACGAAAUAAACUUGUGAAAAAUAAUCAUGAAUGAAUGCUGAUUAUUAGGAUAAUAAAAUGAGGUUAACAUUUUUUGGUACGUCUGGAUAGGAAUUUGACACACCUCCUUUCUUCCCUAUAUACUUCAACACUCCUUUCAGAUCGUGUUUCACAAAAGAGGGGAGUACCCUUAAAGAACAGCUGAAUAACAAGCUGCUCUUCAAUAUUUCGCUCAAACAGGCAAAAGUGCACCAUUCACUGUUUUCAUUAGACUCGUUUUACGCCACUAUGGGCAGAGAGGUGAUGAAAAAAAGUGCACUUCAACAUUUACAUGUGAAUAGGCAAUGUAAACCUUUCACAAGACACUGCAGUCUGAUGUUAAACUAUAUGCAUAUGUGUCAAAAUCGAUAAACAACCUAUUACGAGGUUUUUUUAGCACGUGGAUGAGCUUAUUUCGUUCGAUCUUUUUAGGCCGAAAGCGAAAGUAAAUUUUCGUCAUACAAGCCAAUGGCACAUAUGCAAAUAGUCAUAAGUGCCGUUUUAUUGCAGUGUAUAUAAUAGAUGCGAAAGAGAAAACAAAUACACUCUCCUUCCACAACAGCAACGUAUACGUCGUUCUGCACAUUGAAAUAUGAAUAAAGUUCUUUUCCUUCUGCUUGUUGAUGCGGUUGGUUCAGCUAUGAGUAUGCAAUAAAAAUCAUUAUUUUUCUUCACAUGUUUGUUUUUGUGAAACUUUAGGUAAAACGGGCAUGACAUUCAUAAAGACUACACAUGAUUCCCGUUUCGGUAUUGAUAAUUUUAGUUGCCAUGCACCCGCCGGUUUCGAUGGAGUGAAAACGUGCAAUGCAUAUACAGGAGACACUGAUUGUGAAACAGCCUUACCCGUUCUCUGCGUUAAUAUCGAUAACAGCCCACGUCCAGCCUAUCCUGUUAUUGAUCCAGGAUGUACCAGUUGUGCGAUGCCUUACUGGUUUUAUUUCGGUUGGGGUCGUGGUGAGUAAAAGUUACUUCUAAUUUUCUCGUCUGCUAUUCAGAACAAAAAAGCACACAUUCUAUGCUUUCUACAUUUGGACAGGUUAAUAUGAUCUUUUUUUCAUUGUGAUUUUCUGCUUUCACUAAGGUAAUGUUGCUAGUACAACACCGGUCAAAGCAAGCCAAUUUCAAACACGACAAGAUGUUGAUGCUUUUUGCACAUUAACAUUCGGAACUGGUUGGAUAGUGGAAUCCUGGAAUGAAAUGAGCAAGUGGAUUUCUGGCAUGGGUGGAGCAGAUGGGCUAACAUAUUCUGGAAGCGAAUGGACUGCUAAUGCUGACAAAAUACAGAGUGGUGGAUGGGGUUUCUUCGCUUAUGGCAAUGUACGAAAUGAUACUCGUCUGUGGAUGCAUGGUCCACUUGAUCAAUCUUCGACUUGCUGGGCACAUUGA